ACUGCUUUGUCCCUCUGCGUUCUCCGUAUGAAAACUGGAGCCGAGAGGGCCCUAGAGAUGGCGGUCGUUAGGAUGGGAAAGCUGACAACCAUGCCAGCAGGUCUCAUGUACGCAUCUGUAAGUGUACGUGUGUCCAAGGAAGAGGAAUACAAAAAGAAGCUAAUGAGACCAGACCAGCUCCCCAUAUAUACUGCACCACCUCUCCAAUCUAAAUAUGUUGAAGAGCAGCCUGGUCAUUUACAGAUGGCCUUUGCAUCUAUCCGCACUACAACUGGUCAUUACAUUGGCUGGUGCAAGGGUGUUUAUGUCUUUGUGAAAAAUGGAAUAAUGGAUGCAGUACAGAUUGGAAAAGAUGCAUAUGUCUAUCUGAAGAAUCCACCUCAAGAUUUUCUUCCAAAAAUGGGAGUGAUUACAGUUUCAGGAUUGGCAGGCCUGGUUUCAGCAAGAAAAGGUUCUGGGUUUAAGAAGGUUGUUUAUCCACUAGGAAUGGCUACUUUAGGAGCAACUGUUUGCUACCCAGUUCAGUCAGUAAUAAUUGCAAAGGUAACUGGAAAAAAGGCAUAUGCUACCAGCCAGCAAAUUUAUGAAGCAUUUAAAUCCUUAUGGACAAAAAGCAACAAAAAAGAAUCACUCCCUGAACCUAAGGAAAGAAAUAAGCUAAGCAACUCUGAUGAAAUACUUGAAAAAACAACUCAUGUCCAGAAACAUUCAGUGCUUUUGCCAACAGAACUCAGCUCUAAAACAAAGACCAAAUCAGAAUCCAUCUCAGGUGCUACACAAUUUAUACCUGACCCCAGGCUUAUGGAUCAUGGGCAGUCUCAUCCGGAAGAUGUAGAUAUGUACAGCACUAGAAGCUGAAAUAGACUGCAUAAAGAGACUGCAUAGAGAACUACAACAUGUGUGAAGUUGCAAAUAAUGAUUAAAAAAAUCAUAUAAUGGGUAACCGAUGUAUAGAGUAUAACUUUAAUUCAGUUUUUCCUUGACAUCUUAAAAUGUACAGUUUGACCAAUCAUAUAAAUGAUUAAAGCUCAAAAUCUAAAUGAAAUUAAAACAAUAUUAAAUGACUGAAUGAAACAACCCAGAAGUAUGAGGAUGCAUUUGAUGACUUGUAAGGGCUUUUAUUAGAAAGCAAACCACAGUGAAGGUAUGAUUACCAAUGAGACUAAAAUCUGAAAAUAUGUGCAUAUAUAAUGUCAGUUAAAUUAGAAUGGUGUGUAGAAGGAUGUGUUCUUCCUCUCUUUUUCAUUUCUGAGACAUGGAAUAAAAUAUCCAUAUUUUA